AUGCCAUCGAAAAUUUUCACUUUACCGUAUCCAUUUCAUGGUACUGAUGCCACCGUGCACAAUCGAACGGUCGUUUACCUAUUCGGCGAGUCGUUGAUCGCUCAUCAUCUUGAGACGAAAACGACUAGACAUCACGCGAUCAAUGCAUCGCAUGAUCCACUCUAUGGUGGCUCAACUUCGAGGAUCGAUGCCGGUGCCGAUGAGCAUGGGCUUUGGAUCUUGUACAAAGAAAGAAGUGAUGGCUCGUUGACUGCCCUGCGAUUGCAUCUAAAAAAUCUGCACGAGUUGGGAAGAUGGAAGAUCAAAAUGGAUGCAAGCGAUUGGUGCAAUUCGUUUGUCCGUUGCGGUACGCUUUUCUCAGUGAAAUGCAUAGAAAACUCGACGAUCUCAAUCGAGCCGAUCUUUGAUUUUUACAAGAAUCGCCUAAUGAGCGAUGGAAGGAAAUAUACAUGGCAAGUUGAUCACGAAACGAAAGCCGGUCUUGGCAGUGCCCAAUUCGAUCCACACUCCCGAACAUUGAACAUUUUCGCGCAAGGCCACGUGUUUUCCUCUCAAUUCGGUCGC